UCGCAACACUAAAGCCGAUAGUCCCAACUUCAGUUUUCUCAGGGUAAAGAGGAUUUUGAGAUUUUCCUUGCUCUUUCAGGGCCCUGGUCAAAUACCUGGUCUUCAUGGUGACGUCACUUAGUCCCUCCGCACGGGCGAAGGGCCAGCGUCCCGUGGGAUUCCCAGGUCUCGAGGGUGACGCUUGGGGUUCCCCACAUCUGAUAGGAGCAGCGGGUCCGGCCCUCCCCCAGGCGGGGCUAUGAAGAUUUGGAGCCAGACUCUGGCCCCGGAGGCUGCUGAGCCCUGCAGGCCCCCAGCUCCAGGAGUGCCAUGGGACAGCUGAUAGUUAAACUGACGCGAAUCUUUGGGAGCCAGGAACAUAAAGUCAUCAUCGUGGGACUGGACAAUGCAGGAAAGACCACCAUUCUCUACCAGUUCUUGACCAAUGAGGUUGUUCACACCUGUUCCACUAUUGGUAGCAACGUGGAAGAAAUUGUUUUUCAGAAGACCCACUUCCUCAUGUGGGACCUAGGGGGGCAGGAGGCACUGCGCUCCACCUGGGACACUUACUACUCUAAUGCUGAGUUUGUCAUCCUUGUGAUAGAUAGUACAGACCGGAAUCGGCUGUUGACCACCCGGGAGGAGCUGUAUAAGAUGCUGGCCCAUGAGGCACUUCGAGAUGCUUCAGUGCUGAUCUUCGCCAACAAGCAGGAUGUGAAAGACUCCAUGACCACAGCAGAGAUCUCCCAAUUUCUCACACUCAGUGCCAUCAAAGACCACUCAUGGCAUAUCCAGGGCUGCUGUGCCCUCACAGGAGAAGGGCUGCCAGCUGGGCUCCAGUGGAUGCAAUCUCAGGCCACCACCAACUGAUGUCCCAGUCCGAGGCCAACCAGAAACCGCAUGGUUAGCACCAGUGAGAAACACCAGUCAUUUGUUGAUGGAAAGAGGGUGGCUAUGGACAGAGAGAUUACUACAGUCCCCUCAACUGUCACUGAGAGCUGGGUCAAUGACUUGAAGUUGGUGCAGACAGGACCACAGAUGAAACUGUCUGUCACUGCUGGUGUGAGGAGACACCAGGGAACUUGCUGGGGGUGUUGGGGACAUCAGGUCUCUCCCAGCUCUCUCCUGACUGCCCAGCAAGCGGGAGAUCUUGGACAUUGUUCCAUAGCCACUGGACAAAGGAGAUUCUGAUAAAGGAGUAGGACCUGGCCAAAAGCUGGGGAUAUGGAGGUGGGGUGGAGAGUUGAUGAAAGGGAGGAUAGAAGAUUCCAGACAGACAGUCCUUCACACUGCAGGAUUCAAAGCCCCUCUACCCCCACCGGCUGGAUUUCCUGCUCCCUCUUAGAUACUGACUCUGACCACAGCUUUCGGGGCCUAAGUCACCACGUGGAACCUCCUUCCCUCUCAGCGUCCUUCCGGUGUGAGCCCUACUCAUCUGAAAUGUCAAAGAGUUCUAUAGGACCUAC